AAUGCCCCAGAAUUCUAAAGAGUUCUCGAUCUUCGUUUGCUCCACACAAACCCUAGCCCUAGUCUUCUCGCGCAUCCAAUCGAGGAAGAAAUAUGUCUCACUUCGGAAGGUCAGGCCCACCAGACAUCACCGACACCUACUCUCUUCUCGUCCUCAACAUCACCUUCCGCACCACUGCUGAUGAUCUGUUUCCGCUUUUUGAUAAGUACGGCAAGGUCGUCGAUAUCUUCAUCCCCAGAGAUAGACGGACGGGUGAUUCUCGUGGUUUUGCAUUUGUGCGUUACAAGUAUGCAGAUGAGGCUCAGAAGGCAGUUGAAAGGCUGGAUGGACGGGUUGUUGAUGGCAGAGAAAUAACUGUUCAGUUUGCAAAAUAUGGCCCAAAUGCUGAGAGGAUUCAUAAAGGAAAGAUUAGUGAGUCAUUUCCAAGAACACGACACAGGUCAAGAAGUCGCAGUCCUCGAAGGAGGCAUCGGGAUGAUCACAGAGAUAGGGAUUAUAGGAGGAAAAGUCGCAGUAGAAGCUUGGAUAGGUAUGAUCGUGAUAAAUAUCGUGGGAGGGACAGAGAUUAUCGUCGCAGAAGUAGAAGUCGAAGUGCCAGUCCUGACAAUUCUAGGGGCCGAGGCAGAGGUCGAUAUGAUGAUGAUCGCCGGAGUGCUAGUCGAUCAGUUGACAGUGCAUCCCCUCCUCGGCGUAGUCCUAGUCCUCGCAGGAGUAUUUCUCCUCGCAAGAUUUCUCCUAGGGGUGAGAGCCCGGAUAGACGCAGUCGUGAUGAACGAUCUCCAACUCCUCGUAGUGCUUCGCCACGAGGUCGUCGUGCUGAUUCCAGAAGUCCAUCUCCAAGAAAUUCAGAUGUUGAUGAUUGAUUUGGUGGCCACAUGGGAAUUCAUGGAGACAACUCAUUUAUGUUCGGGAAGAGAGUGACUGGGGGCUCUGAUGGAGAGAAUGUUGGUAUGGCUAUUGUAGCAGUUGAUGCUGUUUGUAAAUCAUAGGUCGAUGAUCGUUGAUUGUGAUGCUGGUUGUCAUUAUGCUGAUUGCGCAAACAAAAUAUGAUAAACUUAUUUUCUAUGAAUGAUCUUGUAAUUGGUAAGAUCCAUAGUUAAGUCUUGGUUUUUAAACCAUUGAAUGAUUCAGGUUUCUAACUUUUGACCUGAUUAUCCUCUGGUCUUUGCUGAUUUGAAAGUAUUGGCCCUGAAAGACAUAGUAGUUGCCGUGAUGAUAAAAAAGGGUGCACACAAGUUGAACGUGUUUUAACCUGUGGCUGAUGCUGCAUAUGAGAAGUCCUAUGAUAUGCUGGUUUGCAGCCACAAUAAUCUGACAGGUUAAAUGUUCUAUUUAAAUUAUAUAUUUGGGGUAUUUCCAUGAAAUUUAAGGACAUUUAACUCUAGCCGCUGAAGUUUAUAAGUUAUGUUGCUCAAUGUAGUGAGUUGUAGCUCAUUGGUCCGUGACUGUAGCUGUAGCUGUAGCUGUGAAGUGGUAGCUGAUUCCUAUUCUGUUUGUCAUAUAUGUGAGAACGUGGUUAACUUUGAAGUACUAACGAAUAAUCACAUGGCGGGCUGUUGCUGCCCAUCCUGCUGGGGUUGGGGUCUUAAUUGAUACUAGCCAUUGGUCUGCUGCCUUGCUGGUUUGCAAUUCAAAUGAUUUUUCUUUGACUUGCAUUCUAUGGUUGAUUUAUGUGGUCGUGCGAUGCAUUUUCUUAUAAAUCAAUCCUUCUCCUCCUAUUUAAUUUCAACGCAUGAUGCUGAUUCUUUGAUCAGAAGUCAGCCAUAAUUUAUUUUUAAUGUUUUGUUUAUUCAAAAGAAAUCUAGGUUUUGAUCUUUUUGGAGCUUGCCGUUACCUUAGAAGGAUGUAUUUCCUGUUGCCUUCCUAUACUAGACAUCAUGGAUCUGGCAUUCUGAGUUUGCUUCAGUUUCAUGUGGGAUUGUCAUUGGAAUCAUAUAUAUCAUUGCGGAUAUUUAUAGCCUGUCUUGAAUCAUUAAAUCUUGUUUUUAAUUCA